AUGGCCCUCCGCUAUCCCAUGGCCGUGGGCCUCACCAGGGGUCACAAGGUGACUAAGACUGUGAGCAAACCGAGGCACAGCCGCUGCCACGGACGUCUCAGCAAACACACCAAGUUCAUGCGGGCCAUAAUCCAGGAGGUGUGCGGCUUUGCCCGCUACCAGUGGCACACCAUGGAGCUGCUCAAGGUCUCCAAGGACAAUCGCGCCCUCAAGUUUAUCAAGAAAAGCAUGGGAUGGGUGGGGAUGCACAUCCAUGGCAAGAGGAAACGUGAGGAGCUGAGCAACAAUGGCCCGCUGCUGCCCUGGGUGAAAACUUUCGGCUCUUUCGGAAGCGGUCACCAGGACAACCUGACUAUGUACAUGGACUUAGUGGAUGGCAUCUUUUUGAACCAAAUCAUGCUGCAAAUAGAUCCCAGGCCGACCAACCAGCGUAUCAAUAAGCACGUCAACAACGAUGUGAACCUUCGCAUUCAGAACCUGACCAUCCUGGUGCGGAACAUUAAGACCUACUAUCAGGAAGUUCUCCAGCAGCUGAUCGUAAUGAAUUUGCCCAAUGUUUUGAUGAUUGGCAAAGACCCACUGUCUGGGAAGAGCAUGGAGGAGAUUAAGAAGGUGCUGCUGCUGGUGCUGGGUUGUGCUGUCCAGUGUGAGAGGAAAGAGGAGUUCAUUGAAAGAAUCAAACAGCUGGACAUUGAGACCCAGGCGGGCAUCGUGGCUCAUAUCCAGGAGGUGACCCACAACCAGGAGAACGUGUUCGACCUGCAGUGGCUGGAGCUGCCAGAUGUGGCCCCGGAGGAGCUGGAGGCCCUGUCCAGGAGCAUGGUGUUCCACCUCCGAAGGCUCAUCGAUGAGCGGGAUGAGUGCACCGAGCUGAUCGUGGACCUGACACAGGAGCGGGACUACCUGCAGGCGCAGCAUGCGCCCAGCCCUGUCAAGUCAGCCAGCACCAGUUCCACGCCCAGCCCCACCAGCAGCCUCUCAGGCGAGGACAAGCAGCACCUAGCGGUGGAGCUGGCCGACACCAAGGCCAGGCUGCGGCGUGUCAGGCAGGACCUUGAGGAGAAGACAGAACAGCUCGUGGACACCAGGCAUGAGGUGGACCAGCUGGUGCUGGAGCUGCAGAAGGUCAAGCAGGAGAACAUCCAGCUGGCGGCUGACGCCCGGUCCGCCCGUGCUUACCGGGACGAGCUGGACUCCCUACGGGAGAAGGCAAACCGUGUGGAGAGGCUGGAGAUGGAGCUGGUUCGCUGCAAGGAGAAGCUGCAUGAUGUGGACUUCUACAAGGCCCGCAUGGAGGAGCUGAGAGAAGACAACAUCAUCUUAAUCGAAACCAAGGCCAUGCUGGAGGAGCAGCUGACUGCUGCCCGGGCGCGGGGUGACAAAGUCCACGAGCUGGAGAAGGAGAAUCUACAGCUGAAAUCCAAGCUGCACGACCUGGAACUGGACCGUGACACAGAUAAAAAGCGCAUUGAGGAGCUGCUAGAAGAGAACAUGGUCCUGGAGAUUGCCCAGAAGCAGAGCAUGAAUGAGUCGGCCCACCUCGGCUGGGAGCUGGAGCAGCUGUCUAAGAACGCAGAGCUGUCAGAUGCCUCCAGGAAGUCAUUUGUGUUUGAGCUAAACGAGUGUGCCUCUAGUCGCAUCCUGAAACUGGAGAAGGAGAAUCAGAGCCUCCAGAGCACCAUCCAGGGGCUGCGGGAUGCAUCCCUGGCACUGGAGGAGAGCAACCUCAAGUGUGGGGAGCUGGAGAAGGAGAAUCACCAGCUCAGCAAGAAGAUUGAAAAGUUACAGACCCAGCUGGAAAGAGAGAAGCAGAGCAAUCAGGACCUGGAGACCCUCAGUGAGGAGCUGAUCCGGGAGAAGGAGCAGCUGCAGAGUGACAUGGAGGCGCUGAAGGCCGACAAGGCCAGGCAGAUCAAGGAUCUGGAGCAGGAGAAAGACCACCUUCACCGAACCGUGUGGUCGCUGCGGGAGAAGUCGCAGGCCAAUGGCGAGGCCCGUGGGAAGGAUGUCGAGAAGGAGAACAGAGCCCUCCACCAGGCAGUGACAGAGGCCAGCAGCAAGCUGAGCCAACUUGAGUUGGACAAGAAGCAACUGCACAGGGACCUGGAGCAGGCCAAGGAGAAGGGGGAGCGGGUGGAGGCGUUGGAGAAGGAGCUGCGCCGGCUGGAGAAGGAGAAUGAGCAGCUGGCCAGAAAGGUGACCUCCCUGAAGACGGUUACCGAGAAGGUGGAAGCCCUGGAGCAUGAGAGCCGGGGCCUGGAGCUGGAGAACAGGACCCUGAGGAAGUCACUGGAUACUCUGCAGAACGUGUCAGUGCAGCUCGAGGGUCUGGAGCGCGACAACAAGCAGCUGGAUGAGGAGAACCUGGAGCUUCGGAAGAUGGUAGAGACCAUGCGCUUCACCAGUGCCAAGAUGGCACAGAUUGAGAGGGAGAACCAGCAGCUGGAGCGAGAGAAGGAGGAGCUGCGGAAGAACGUGGACCUGCUGAAGGCGCUGAGCAAGAAGUCCGAGCGCCUGGAGCUCAGUUAUCAGAGCGUGAGCGCCGAGAACCUCCGGCUGCAGCAGAGCUUAGAGAGCAGCGGGCACAAGUCACAGGCCCUGGAGCGGGAGCUGAGCGAGCUGGAGGCUGAGCACCAGGCGCUGCGGCGAGACGUGGAGGCCCUUCGGCUCACCAACAAGCAGCUGGAGAGAGCGGAUGAGGACAAAAAGACCCUGGAGCAGGAGGUGGCCCAGCUGGAGAAGGACAAGAAGCUGCUGGAGAAGGAGACCAAGCGGCUGUGGCAGCAGGUGGAGCUGAAGGACGCCGUCUUAGACGACAGCGCUGCCAAGCUGUCAGCGGCUGAGAAGGAGAGCCGCGCACUGGACAAGGAGCUGACUCGCUGCCGGGACGCAGCCAGCAAGCUGAAGGAACUGGAGAAGGACAACAGGGACCUCACCAAGCAGGUCACCAUGCACACGAGGACACUGACCACCCUGAGAGAGGACCUGGUGCUAGAGAAGUUGAAGAGCCAGCAGCUGACCAGUGAGCUGGACAAACUGGGCCAGGAACUGGAGAAGGUUGGGCUCAGCAAGGCACUGCUGCUGCAGGAUGAGAACAGCCACGGUGACACAAAAUACAAGAUUUUGGAGGGCAGAAAUGAGUCAACGUUAAAAACAGCACUGGCCAUGAAAGAAGAAAAGAUUGUGUUCUUGGAAGCCCAGGUGGAGGAGAAAGUGGACUUGAACCAACAGUUACAAAGUGAGCUGCAGAUGGUGAAGGAAGAGCGGGACCGGCUCAGGCAGACCCAGGCAGAGGCCACGCUCGUGCAGAACUCGCUCAAGCGCCCUCUGGGAACAUCAGCCCCCAGUCCCCAGGAAAAGGAGACCUGGGGAGCUGGGCACAAGGAGGCCACCAUGGAGCUGCUCCGGGUGAAGGACCGGGCCAUUGAACUGGAGCGGAAUAAUGCAGCGCUGCAGGCCGAGAAGCAGCUGCUGAAGGAACAGCUACGGCACCUGGAGACACAGAACGUGGCCUUCAGCAGUCAGGUCCUGACGCUGCAGAAGCAGAGCGCCUUUCUGCAGGAGCGCACAACCACGCUGCAGACCCAGACGGCCAAGCUGCAGGUGGAGAAUUCCACGCUGAGCUCCCAGAGCGCCGCACUGGCCACGCAGUACACACUGCUGCAGAGCCAGCACACGGCCAAGGAGACGGAGCACGAAGCGCUGCAGAGGCAGCAGGAGCAGCUGGCGGCCGCCUAUGAGGCCCUGCUCCAGGACCAGGAGCACCUGAAUGCUCUGCACGAGCACCAGUCCUCAGAGUACGAGGCCCUCAUCCAUCAGCACAGCUGCCUGAAGACGCUGCACCGGAACCUGGAGCUGGAGUACAAGGAGCUCAGAGAGAGGCACGGCGACAUGCUGAAACACAGGGCGGAGCUGGAUGAGCUGGAGGAGGUCCUCAGGGCAGAGCGGGAGGCGCUGCAGCAGGAGCAGAGGACGAACGCAGUCACCAUGGACGAGAAUCAGAGGCUGCGGGCGGAGCUGGACAGGGUCAAUUUCCUGCACCAGCAGCUGAAGGGGGAAUGUGAAGAGCUGCAUGCCCACACCAAGGAGCUGAAGACCUCGCUGAACACCUCGCAGCUGGAGCUGAACCGCUGGCAGGCGCGCUACGACGAGCUGAAGGAGCAGCACCAAACCAUGGACAUCUCGCUGACCAAGCUGGACAACCACUGCGAGCUGCUCUCCCGCCUCAAGGGGAACUUGGAAGAGGAGAAUCACCACCUGCUGAGCCAGAUCCAGCUGCUGAGCCAGCAGAACCAGAUGCUCCUGGAGCAGAACCUGGAGAACAAGGAGCAGUACCAUGAGGAGCAGAAGCAGUACAUAGACAAAUUAAAUGCCUUACGGAGACAUAAGGAAAAACUGGAAGAGAAAAUCAUGGAUCAGUACAAGUUCUAUGAUCCUGCUCCAAAGAAGAAGAACCACUGGAUUGGAGCCAAAGCCUUAGUGAAAUUCAUCAAACCAAAGAAAGAGGGUUCCAGAGAACGAUUGAAGUCAUCCGCGGACAGCCCUCCCUGGCAGUGUGAGUCCUCAGACCCUGCCUCGCCAGCAGCCCCUCAGCCGCUCAGAUUGCAGCCCGAGAACACCAGCAACUCUCCACUGGCCUCAAAUGGUGCCGAAGAGCGAGAUGUUCACAACGGGCCUUUGGGGAAAGGCCCUGGGGAUCUAAAACCAAAGCGAGGGUCCCCACACGGAAGCAGCCUGGACCACGCCGAGGCCUCCACAGACCCAGCCGUGAAGCCCUGGCCCGCAGAGCUGGGCUCCCAGACAUGUUCAGCCUCAGCCAUCACAGCGCCCUCCUCCAGCUCCACCCCCCUCCCCCGACACCUGAGUCGCACCAAAGGCUGCAGUUCAGAUGACAAGCUUUGCGAGCCGUCCCUGGAGCUCGAAGGCGCCCAGCACAGACAGCACGUGUCCCGGCCAAGCAGCUUGGAGAGCAGCAGAAACCCGUCCAGCAACAGCUCACCUCUCAGCCUCAAAGGUUCCUCCAACCAGCUCCACGGCUGCUCCGAGAGCUUCAGCAGUGAAGACCUGAUCCCAAGCAGGGACCCGGGCACCCUGGGACACAGCGCUCUCAGCCGCCAUGAGUACCCCCCGCCCCGGAAUGGGCCUGUCCCCCAGGCGGCUGCCCAAAAGAGGGGCCCGGCCACAGCACUUCCUGGGCUGCGGCCCUGCUCAGCCUCCCCCAGCAGCGAGAUGGUCACCUUGGAAGAAUUCCUGGAGGAGAGUAACCGCAGCUCCCCAACCCACGACACUCCCUGCUGUCGGGAUGACCUGCUAAGUGACUACUUCCGAAAGGCCAAUGAUCCCCCUGCCAUCGGAGGCCCACCCGGACCUCCUGCCAGGAAAGAGGGCACAAAGAUGCCCACGAGCUUUGUGGCUCCCACCAUCAAGACAGCCAUCAGCACCUCCGAGGGGAGACAGUUGAAACCCGGGCAUUAUGUGAAGCCGAACUUCAGACUGGCUGAGGCAGAGGUCCCUGCAGGAGCCUCCCCAAGACAGGUCCAGCCCCCCCAGAGCCUGUCUUUGGGCAGACCCAGGCAAGCCACCGUGUCCCCUGCUUCCCACGCCCCUGCCAGCCGGAGCGCAUCCCUGAGCCGUGCCUACAGCCUGGCUUCUGCUGACCUUCUCCGGGCCAGUGGGCCAGAGGCCUGCAGACAAGAAUCCCCUCAGAAGCUGGGGGUUCCUGAGGCCUCCGGGGGCAGAGAAACAGGCAGCCCUAGCCUGCAGAGCCCUGUGCCUCCCGGCUCCCACGGCCUGGCACGGGAGCGGACCUCCCAGGCAGGCAAGGCUGAUGGCCCCUGCCAAGGCCCAGGGCCCCGCAGCCGGCCACCAGACACCAGGCGCUUCUCACUGGCCCCUCCAAAGGAAGAGAGGCUGGCACCUCUGCAGCAGUCUGCCACAGUCCCAGCCAUUGCCACUACUGCAGGUGGCAGUGGCAGCAGCUCCCAGCACUUCUCACCUGCUGCAUCCUCCAGGACCAAGCCCAAAAUGCCUCCACACUGCGGGGAGGUAGCCACCAUUGCCCCUGUCCGGGCAGGGCUCAGCCUGUCAGAGGGAGACAAGAACCAGGGGCUGGGCCACACUGAGGGGCUCCUGGCCAAGAGCCCUGGUAGGUCCCCUGACCUGGCUCCCCAUGCCAGCCGGGGCCCUGAGGAUUUCAGCCGCGGAGGCAGCUUGGAGAGCACCUCCGCAUCCCCAGAGCCGGGCGGGGACCAGCAGACCGUGUGGUAUGAGUACGGCUGUGUGUGACUGUCCCGUGCGCCAGCAGCAGCUCCUGAACCCUAAACUACUGACAAGGCUUCCGAUCCUGAGGUCUUUCCUCCUGUUUGCGUCUGUGGUGCCGGGAAAGGGUUUAGAAUGGAAAAGGGGUUCCUACACAACUGGCCCAGUUGUCUUGUAGAAGAAAGCACUGUGCCAAGUCCUAAGAGGAACACUCUCCUAGGUGUGUGUCACGUCUUCUGUGUCUACAGCUUCCAGUAGCUGGAGUCUUUUGACAAAUCUAAUUAGCAUGGGGACCACUUAGAAAGCAAUGAUAAAACCCACUUACCCCAAAGCAGACACUAUUCAGUGGGCCCUGGUAGAACGCUCGUUGGCAACCUGUUAACCUCCAUUUGCGCACUCACACACCAGGCUCACGCUCACAAGGUGGGUUCACCUGGUGGCUCUGGAAAGUCCCACUCCCAAAAGCCAUUAGAUCCCAGGGGAAGCCCAGACUUGCCAAACUACCGAAAUGUGGAGGGCUGUGAACAGAG